UCCACUUUAGUAUCCAUCAUUCAGCAGUAAAAUCCACAGUAUGUCGAAGCGCGUGAGCAUCAUUCUACCCGGGGAGAUGGAGCUGCCGCCGCCGCCGCUGCCGCCGCCCUCACCUCUGCCAGCGAAACCGAAGUUCCGAUCGAAAAGCAACUUGAAGAGGCCUUCCAUCAGCCUCUUGAAGACGCCUGGCACCCUGAAAAUUACGUCCAGCGAUCUGCCAACCAGCCAAAGUACCAGGACUACACAGCAGACGACGUCGAGCGACUUACCAAGCACCAUCAGCACGAGGAGUCUUCCGCAAAGGACGUCUAGCGAUCUCCCGAGCACCGUCAGCACGAGUACCGCCAUGCAGAUGACCUCCAGCGGUCGGUCCUCCAGCAGUCGCAAUUACUUCAGGGAUCCCACAAACACCACUACAGCUAGGAUGAAGACCGAGAACCGCAUCGCUAGCGCCGUUGGUUCCGAAGAGCAGGAAAUCUCGCAGAGCGACACAUCGCAGAUUGGGUGGCUUUCGGUCAGGACCUCCAUUAAGAAUUUCCUGGAGAAUACGAUCGGUGUGCUGGGUGCAGGGUCCGCUACCUCCAUCAUAAAGUUCCUUAGUCACUUCAGGGGGGAUAGCCACAAUCCGAGUCGCGAUUCCGAGACCACUCCCGCUGAAAGAUCUGGCCACACCAGCCCCAAACCCGAAUACCUGACUCUUUUCCGCAGGGAGAAGGCUGACUCUGAGACCGAGGACUUGAGCUCAGUCCGCCUGGAUCUAGACAGUAGCACUGGAGAGACGGACUUCUGCUCCAGUUCUCAGCCAUCUGUGAUUUCUGUGAAGACGCCCUUGAGAGUGGAGGUUCUUCCGAAGUCCAGUCGUAAGUCCCUGGCUAGGGUGAGAAGGAGAAGCUCCUCCAAUUCCCGCCGGAACCUGCCGUCGUUUGCUUUCGCGCUGGUCAGCGCCGACGAAACCAUUAAUAGCCAAGAGGAGGCAGAGCCAAAGACCCCCAAAGACACCACAGAUCCAUCCAGUGCCACCAAAGGCAUCUCCGAGCCGCCCCCCAGCUGUGCCACCUACGAUGAGCGCUGCUGCUGUUGCCAUUGCGUACACAUGCGGCGUGCCGUGAAGCAGGCCGAGUUCCUGGCCUCGGACGAGGGCAAGCGUCGGCUGGAAAUGAAGAUGGCGGCCAAGGACUUCUUCUUGGACAUCAAUGCUAUGUCUAUAGUGCGCGAGCGGAUCCUCUGCGAUCUGCACGGCAUCGGCCCGAAGCAGCCUUCCCCGCGGGUCAGCUACCCCCUUGCCAUCACCGACGCCCGCCGAAUGGACGCAGGCUCGCUGGCUCUCGAGUGGUUCGUGCACGACUACAGCGACAUCGACCACUACGAGAUCUACGCGGACAAUGUCCUGCGCCGCAGCAUCUACAAUCCGCAGACCAUUAAAACAAUCCUUCUGGACAUAGAUGUGUCCACGCCGCACAAGCUGCGGAUGCGCCCGAUUCCUGUCCAGGGCCGCGGAACGGGCGCCAGGCCAGAGGACAAGCUGGUGCUGCAGCUGCGGGAGGGCGGGCUGGAUGGCGUGACGGCGGGAACACUUUGCGAUUGCCUCAAGCCGAAGAAGACGCCAAAUUGGGAGUGCAAGUCGUUGGUGGACUUUUGGACCGACAGCGAGUUUCUCUACCUUCCCGCCCAGCGCACUCGAUCCUAA